CUCUCUCCUCGCUUUCGGGACUCUCCCCCUCCUCCCUCUCUCUCCUCCUCCUCUCCUUCUUCUAGAGAGAGAGAGAGAGGGGGGGCAGCCGCCGCAACGCAGUCGCAGCGCAGCGCGCCACGUCCUCCGCCGAUCGAGAGCGAGCCGUUCGGGGCCGCCAUGGUGGGGUGCUCGAGGGGCGGGGGCCUCCCGGCCUGGAUGACCGCCGCCGCCGCCCGCGUCGAUCUCUCCGGCGCCGGCGGCUCGGGGGCCUCCUCCCAGCCGGGAUCCUCGGGGUCUCAGCAGGCGGCCGCCGCCGCCGACCAGGAGCUCGGGAUGGCCGAGCGCGCGCUCUCCGCCGCCGGCGCCGCCUUCGUCUCCGCCAUCAUCGUCAACCCUCUCGACGUCGCCAAGACGAGACUGCAAGCGCAGGCGGCGGGGGUGCCCUACUACCAGCCGUCCCAGAUGGCGUCGCUCGGCCCUGACGCGAUAUUGUCUGAUUUUAGAUGUUCUCCAUCAUGUACACGCGGUGUCAUUUAUGGAAGUGAACCUGUUUGCCCACCUGACUGCUUUCAGUACAAGGGAACACUUGAUGUAUUCUUGAAAGUUGUUAGACAGGAGGGAUUUGGUAGAUUAUGGAGAGGUACAAAUGCAGGCUUGGCGUUAGCUGUACCAACGGUUGGAAUAUAUUUGCCUUGCUAUGACCUAUUUCGCAACCGGAUUGAAGAUUUUACACGAAGUAAUGCUCCUGGUUUGACACCAUAUGCCCCAUUAGUAGCAGGAUCGGUUGCACGUUCUUUGGCCUGCAUUGCUUGUUCCCCAAUUGAGUUGGCAAGGACACGGAUGCAGGCAUAUAAAGAAUUUCGACCUGGAGUAAAGCCUCCUGGAAUGUGGAAAACAUUGGUUGGUGUUCUUUCACCACUUGCAAGUUCAAGUCAGAAUGCACAAAAUUACCGUGUUCUUUGGACGGGUGUGGGUGCACAACUUGCUCGUGAUGUUCCUUUCUCUGCUAUUUGCUGGUCAACGCUGGAGCCGAUUCGAAGAAAGCUGCUUGGCAUUGUCGGAGAAGAAGGUGAUGCAGCUAGUGUUCUGGGGGCAAACUUUGCUGCUGGCUUUGUAGCAGGUAGUCUUGCUGCUGGUGCUACAUGCCCUCUAGAUGUUGCUAAGACGAGAAGACAAAUAGAGAAGGAUACUCAAAAGGCAAUGAGAAUGACCACCAGACAAACAUUAGCUGAUAUAUGGAGCUCUGGAGGUCUGAAAGGCUUGUUCACCGGCGUUGGCCCACGUGUCGCACGUGCUGGCCCAUCAGUUGGAAUCGUCAUUUCUUUCUACGAGGUUGUCAAGUACGCUCUUCAUCAAAGACACGCAUCGUGACCAAGAUUUUGUGCCAAAGGUGGAAAGAUCUGCAAUUUUGUAAGAACACAGCUUACCCAGUCAGCCAACUCUUCUGUACUGGUCGGCUAGUUGCGCUUUGGAGGGACAGGCUCGGGUGUAACAUA